AAAAAACGAACAAGAAGAAGAACAGUUGCAAUCAUAUGACUUGUCGAUCGAUAGAGAAAUAAUAAAGGUUGCAAUUUCGUGAACGCUGCUACGUUGGAAAAGUUAAUUUCCAUUUAACUCAAACAGCCGAACGAGUGCCAAACUGUGACCAGCAGCCAACUCCACCAACCACAACAACAGUUGAAGCGCAUUUCCAACCAUCUCACUCACACUCUCUCUCUCCCUCCUCUGCGUGCGUGUGUGUAAGUCACAAUAAUGGACAGCUCGGGAUUCAUGUUCAACGUUGACAAUGGCUAUCUGGAGGGCCUGUGCCGCGGCUUCAAGUGCGGCAUACUUAAGCAGGCGGACUACCUGAAUCUGGUCCAGUGCGAGACCUUGGAGGAUCUGAAGCUGCAUCUGCAGGGCACGGACUACGGCAGCUUUUUGGCCAACGAGCCGUCGCCGCUGUCGGUGUCCGUGAUCGAUGACAAGCUGCGCGAGAAGCUGGUAAUUGAGUUCCAGCAUAUGCGCAACCAUGCGGUUGAGCCGCUGUCCAACUUCCUGGACUUCAUCACGUACGGCUAUAUGAUCGAUAAUAUCAUAUUGCUGAUUACGGGCACGCUGCACCAGCGUCCCAUUUCGGAGCUGAUACCCAAAUGCCAUCCGCUGGGCAGCUUCGAGCAGAUGGAGGCGAUACAUGUGGCAUCGACGCCCGCUGAGCUCUACAAUGCUGUCCUGGUGGAUACGCCGCUGGCGCCGUUCUUUGUUGAUUGCAUCUCCGAGCAGGAUCUGGACGAGAUGAACAUUGAGAUCAUUCGCAACACCCUGUACAAAGCCUACCUGGAGGCAUUCUACAACUUCUGCAAGAACAUGGGCGGCUCCACCGCCGAUGUCAUGUGCGAGAUUCUGGCCUUCGAGGCUGAUCGUCGCGCGAUCAUCAUAACGAUCAAUUCGUUCGGCACGGAGCUCUCGAAGGACGAUCGCGCCAAGCUGUACCCCAACUGCGGCAAGAUGUAUCCCGAUGGAUUGGCAGCGUUGGCGCGCGCCGACGACUACGAGCAGGUGAAGACCGUCGCCGAGUACUAUGCAGAGUAUGCGGCGCUGUUUGACGGCUCCGGCAACAAUCCGGGCGACAAGACGCUCGAGGACAAGUUCUUCGAGCACGAGGUGAAGCUGAACGUGUUCGCGUUCUUGCAGCAAUUCCACUUUGGUGUCUUCUACGCGUACCUAAAGCUCAAGGAGCAGGAGUGCCGCAACAUUGUCUGGAUCGCCGAGUGCGUCGCCCAGAAGCAUCGCGCCAAGAUCGACAACUAUAUACCCAUAUUCUAAGCUGCCCUCGAUCCGAUCC